AUGCGAUCGAUAGCAAGUAUUGCCCAAGAGCACUUUGGGAUCUCUACAUAUGGUGAGGCACUCAAGCUUGAGCUUCUUGCUUUAAAAGAGAAUGACCCUCCUCGAACUACACCGACCCAUUUAUCAAUUCCGUAUACUGCAGACAAUUGCCCCGAGGACCCUCCACAGGAUGAGUUUCAAAAGGCGGUAACUGAAAACACUCUUCAUGCGGCAGUCCACAUGAAUUAUGUAUUCCGAGUUCGCGACCAAGUUUUUAAGGUUGGUGACGAGCAACAGAUUAUCGAAGAAGCAGAGAAUCUCAUCUAUCUUGCAGAAAAUUCUCGCGUCCGAGUGCCCAAGGUUUACAAGCUCACGUAUACCGAUUGGAUGAGUUCUACGGAGGAAGAGCGUACAACACUGUGUGCCAGACUACGAGAGCAGUACCGUCUACUCCGGUCUAUUCCAUCUGAGGGAUACUAUGGUCGAGUUCAUUGCCAAGCCUUUGACCGUAAGAUGGGCAUGUUUCGCACCAACUGUAAGCAAUCUUGCGGCCCAUAUAAAACUUACGAAGAAUUUACUUCAGCAGUAAUCCGUUCUGCUGAAGUAAAUGCUUUGAUUAGACGUGUCCAAGAAGGCGAAUAUCUUUGUGAGGAUCAAGACACUAUGUUGUCUGAGUACAAGCAAGCCUUAGAAAUAUCUGCUGACCGGAAACCUGUCUUUACCCACGUGGAUCCUUCCCUAAAGAACAUCAUCCUCCGCCGUAUUCCAUCAACACAAGACCAACCUCCAGACUGGGAAGUGACCUUGAUUGAUUGGGCUGGUGCUGGGUGGUACCCAGCGUGGGUACAGGGUGCUGCAUUCGACCAACGUUUCGGCUUCUGGGACGAAUCUGGAAAAUUUCACGCUGAUAUUGAUGACGAGUUUGUAGAUAAAGUCUUUGGCGAGAUGAAAUGUGGAGCAGAUUUGGCGCGCCUUUGCACCAAGGCACAAAGAAUCUACUAA